GAAAAAACCUGCCAUUGGCUUUCUUCCUUCUUCCACAAAUUUUCUCUCUCCUCAAUUUCCCCCAUUUUACAUGUCUCUCGCUUUUUCUGUUCGUUGUCAGAAUUCCAAUCAAAUUUUCGCAAAAAUUUCAAGAUCUUCAAUUUUUCGCAAAAUUUUCAGAUCUUUGUUAACCUAAUUUCAAACUUUUCAUUGAAUUUCAAAUUUCUUCUUCAAAAAAAGAAAAAAAUAUCUAGUUUUUUACGAGUGUUUUCUCGGUAAAAGGUUGAGACAUCUAGGGUUAUUGAUUUGCAAUUUGUUUUGUGAGUUAUGAUAUAGUUUGAAUUGAAAAAAGUUGAAGGAGAUUGUUGUGAUUGAUGUUUUGAACUCGGAGAAAUGAAGCGUGAGUUAGCGGCAUUGGAGGUGAAGUCUCCGGUGAUUGGGAGAACGACUCGUUCAAGUAAGAGGCUUUCUGUUGGUGGUUCUGGUACAGUUUCUGAGAGUUUAGUGUAUAAGAGAGUGAAAAGGUCGACGGUUCGAGUUCAAAAACCAGAGUUGUUGAGUAAUGGUGGUGGUAGUAGUGUCGUCGAGGUUUCGGAGGCGAGUGGAGCUGUAGGAGAACAGAGUGGGGCUCAUGAUGUGCGACCGGUGGUGGAAACUGGUGUGCCAGAGGUGGAGGAGAGAGAAAUUGGUGUGCCAGAGGUGGGGGAGAGAGAAAAUGGUGUGGCAGAGGUGGAGGAGAGAGAAAUUGGUGUGGCAGCUGGGGUAUGUAGUGAAGUUGUGAAGUCAGUGUGUGAUGUGGGAGUCGGGAAUGUUGAUGAAUUUUCAUUAAUCGCCGUCGAAGAGGAGGAUGUCAAUGGGGGCUCUUUGGUUGGGGUAGUAGAGGUAGAUUAUCAGGAUGCAGUUUAUGAUGAUGCGCAGGCUAAUGGUGGUAGUAUUGAACUUGAUAAUGGUAAGGUGGUGGAAGGAGUUUCAAUUAAAUCCCCGUUGAAAGCUAAUGGUAAUUCCAAGAAAUUGAAAUCAUCUCUUUAUAUAUAUCCAAAGCGGUUUACGCGAUCAGCAUUGAAAUCUAAAGUGGAUACUUUGACAUUAGGGAAUGACUCUGGAGAGAAAAAUAAGGAAAAUUCCGGUAAUGGAGAGAAAAAUAAGGAAAAUUCUGGUAAUGGAGAACUUCGUAAGGAAAUAGUAGUCUUUUCCGAACCUCCAAUGACAGAGUGUAAUAAAGUAAAGAAUUCAUUUGUAGAGAAAUAUACAAGAAGGGUUACUCGUUCAGCGUCGAAGCCUAAAGUGGAUGACAAUAACUUGCACUUGGUGGAGCCUGUCACUCUAGGCAGGGAAAAGCCGGUAUUGGUCACUGUAGAUAGCAAAAAAGCCAUACCUGUUACUCUAGAUAUAGAAAAGGCAGUGCCUGUCACGAUCAAUGAGAUUGCAGAAUGUGAAGUUGACAAAGAUAUUGCAGAACCGAACUCACCAACUCGGAGGAAGAAGUUGGAGAUAAAAAUGUCAAAACAGAUAUCCAAUGCAAAAGUCCCAAGCAAUGUUCAGGAGCUUCUUGCCACAGGUUUGCUGGAGGGGUGUCCAGUUUAUUAUGAUGGAGGCAAGGGGUUGAAGCUUAAUGGAAGAAUUAGAGGUAUUGGUAUACUAUGUUCUUGUGGCUUGUGCAGAGGAUGCAAAGUUAUCCCUCCUUCUCUAUUUGAGAUUCAUGCUUGUAACAAGUACAAACGGGCAGUACAAUACAUAUUUCUUCAGAAUGGGAGGAGUUUAAUUCAUAUACUAAAAGCAUGCAAGAGCACUCGUCUUAACACAUUAGAAGCCACAGUUCAAAAUGCUAUUGGUCCUUUGCCUGAAAAAAAAAUUAUUGUUUGUCAGAAUUGCAAAGAGCCAUUUUCCUCCAUGGACGCAGAAAGUUCAGAGCCAGUCUGCAGUAAAUGUGUGAUGUUGAAUCUGUCCCCUAUUGGCCCAGUGUACUCGACUCGUAAACGGUGUAGGUCUUCAAAUUUUGGUUUUCCUUCUGAAGCUGCUUCAGCAUGUGACAUGGUUCAAGAUAGUAGUCCUAAAAGUUCAGUUAAAAGGUCAGGUAAGGAAUUUCAUACUCCAAAGUCGCGAACUUCUCAAGCUGAUUGUCCUGAUGUGCUUCAAGAUAGAAGUCAAUCAAAAUCAGUUGCAAGAUCAGCAGGUGUGUUUCUUACGCCGAAGUUGCGCAGCAGUUCAAGGAUUGGAAGAAUUUCAGAAACAAAGAUUUCAGAGGAACUAAAAAACUCACCAGAAGCAUCUACUGUACCAAAGACUUGUAGCAGUCCCGUCAUGGAAAAAUCUUCGGGAGCAAAGCAUCUCAAGAAAUUGAAUAGAAGGUCAUCUAAACCAGCUUUGUCUCCGAAGCCUUCCAAAUCGACUUUGGUAGGAAAAUCUUCAUCUGGAAAUACUCGUGCAAAAGUUUCAUCAAGGUUAAGAGAAGAACUUGUGACCCCCAAGGCUUCUAAGACUUCUUCAGCUCUUAUAUCUUCAGAGAAGAAGACCAGUGGGAAAAUUACAAGAAAAGAUCUUCGGCUACAUAAGUUAGUUUUUGAAGAUGAUGUAUUGCCCGAUGGAACUGAACUUGGCUAUUAUGCGAGAGGACAGAAAUUACUUGAUGGCUUCAAACAGGGUUUUGGAAUUUACUGUAAUUGCUGUAAUUCGGUGGUUAGUGCUUCACAGUUUGAGGCACAUGCUGGUUGUGCUUCUCGGAGAAAACCGUAUUGCUAUAUAUACACAUCAAAUGGGGUCUCACUACAUGAGUUAUCGGUAACUCUAAUCAAAGAUCGUCAGCAUUCUGCCAAGUACAAUGAUGAUCUGUGCUCAAUUUGUGCUGAUGGAGGGAAUCUUCUUCUUUGCGAUGGAUGUCCAAGAGCCUUUCACACGGAGUGUGCUUCUUUGCCAAGCAUACCUCGUGGGAAAUGGUAUUGUAAAUACUGCCAGAACAUGUUUGAAAGGGAGAAGUUUGUUGCACAUAAUGCUAAUGCUCUUGCUGCUGGAAGAGUAACUGGAGUUGAUUCCAUAGAACAAAUAACUACACGGUCAAUUCGAAUUGUCAACAACCUUGCAUCUGAAGUUAGUGCCUGCAUAUUAUGCAGAGGGUUUGACUUUUGCAAGUCAGGAUUCGGGCCUCGUACAAUUAUCCUCUGUGAUCAGUGUGAGAAGGAGUAUCAUGUUGGCUGCUUAAAGGAUCAUAAUAUGGCUGACCUUGCGGAGUUGCCGGAUGGGAACUGGUUUUGUAGCAUGGACUGUGGGAGGAUUGAAUCUUCUUUGCAGAAUCUUCUGGUUCGAGGAGUUGAAAAGCUUCCUGAUUCUCUUCUGGAUAUUAUCAUGAAAAAGAACAUGCUAAUUGGUUCUGAUAGUGGAACUGAUUUGGAAGUAAGCUGGAGACUUCUUAGUGGAAAAAUUGCAUCUCCUGAAACAAGACCUUUGCUCUCGCAGGCUGUAGCUAUCUUCCAUGAAUCUUUCGCCCCAAUCAUUGAUGUGGUGUCUGGACAUGACCUUAUACCCGCAAUGGUUUAUGGGAGGAAUGUGGGUGGCCAAGAAUACGGAGGGAUGUACUGUGCUGUGUUAACCGCCAACAAAGUUGUUGUGUCAGCUGGAAUAUUCCGUAUAUUUGGUCCAGAAGUUGCAGAACUCCCGUUAGUCGCAACAAGCAGUGGUAAUCAUGGCAAAGGUUAUUUCCAGACACUAUUUGCAUGCAUCGAGAGACUCUUGGCAUUCCUUAAAGUUAAGACUUUAGUACUUCCAGCAGCCGAGGAGGCAGGAACUAUCUGGACAGCUCGUUUUGGUUUCACGAAGAUGACAGUUGACGAGAUUUCUGACAUGAAGAGAAAUUUGUGGUCAUUAGUACGGUUCCAGGGAACCUCUAUGCUACACAAGCCGGUUCCAGAGUGCCGUGAUUUUGAAAGUACAGCUGAAUAGUUUAGCUUAUAAAUGAGCAGACCUUGGUAGGAGACCACAUUUUUGGUUGAUUACAGAGUAGAUUUUCAGUUCUAGGUUUUGAUUUUCUUUCAUAUUAAUUCAUAUUGGUCAGCAAAAGUUCUGUAAUUAUUCAUGCUACCAAAUCUUUUCAGUUGUUUGAUUGUUAUGGUCUGUUUUUACAGUAAAAAAAAGGGAAAGGGGGAGAGAGCCGAUGGAUAGGUUGUAUUAUUUUAAUUUGCCUUGUUGCGCUUAGUAACUAAAAAUUACUAUUCAAUUACUCAUGAAAAACUG